AUGGACCUCGUAGAGCUGUCCUUAUCCAAGAUUGACACCGAAAUGGUUCUACGCAACGUAGGAACAGCGGACAGCGGUGCUAUUUCAGUGUUCAUCGGUACAACCCGGAACCACUUUCAAGGGAAAAAAGUGGAAAAAUUAAGCUACGAAGCUUACGAUCCUAUGGCUCUCAGGGAGAUGAGGCGGCUUUGUAGCCUCAUACGAGAGCAGUGGACCGUCAAGAACAUCGCUAUUAUUCACAGGCUCGGUGAAGUUCCCAUUGGUGAGGCAAGUGUUGUGAUAGCUGUGUCUGCAGAGCACAGACAGGAACCGCUUGAUGCAGUCAAGUGGGCCAUUGAUGAGCUGAAGAGCAGAGUGCCAAUAUGGAAGAAAGAAGUGUACAUGGACAGUUCAACGGAAUGGAAGGAAAAUAAGGAAUGCUUUUGGUGCAAACCUUAG